CGUUUUUGCCCCUUGUCAAGUCUCGAAUCUUCGCUUAUGUAACCACACCAGACCGGUCGGCAAAGGUGAAACCUGUCUCGGUUAACCUCUGUUCAAUGUGUACAACGGGAAACCUGCCAAGUUUAGGUGACAGAGACGGGUUGAGGAACUAAGGAAUUGCUUGAUUGCGGCGCGUCACCUGGUUAGCAUUCGGUUGAUGGGGUGUAUGAUCGUCUGAUGGAAGAGACGAUCUGAUGAUCUGCUACGCUACGUUGUACUCCGGAGUACACCGUCCCAGGCAUAACAGGCGUUUAGAAGUUAGCAAGUUUACAUGGGAUUUUACAUGGAAUACUGGGUAAAUACUCGACUCCAUUUUAACGUUUGUUACGCCUGGGACGACGUAAAUGCCUCGAAGCAGCUUCAUCGCCAUGAAAGUUUGAGAUUCUUGGUUGGAAACCGAGUUGGUGGGUCGAGGGAAGAGUAUAUCAUGAGCUCCUGCUUCCUGUUCUGCUUCUAGUCACCCAUUUUUGAAUCUCUCCAUUUGUCUACGGAUCGGUGAUCACUUCAUUCUUUAAUCUUAAAUUAUUUUCUUCAACUUUAUAUAUUCUAUUCAAACAGCUUUCGACAAGCCCAUCACAAAGAUCCCCAACUGAACCAAAAUGUAUAACCCCACCACCCUCCUCGCCCUUCUCCUCACCAUCUCCGCAACCACCACAGCUCUCUCCGUAAACCCCACCACCGGCGCAAUCCUCCGCACCCGCCACUUCGAAGACUCCAUAACAAACCUAAAAUGUUCCGGCACCACGUUCGUUCCCCCUCCCCUCCCUUCCCCUUUCCCAAAACCGCCACAACUAACCCACCACAGCAAAAUCGACGAGCACGACAUGAACGUCGCCGUCCUCAGCAUCUGCGGCGGCAUCGCCAAGCCCAAAACACAAUGCGAGGGGAAUCCCAAAUCCACCACGGGCGCCUCGGGAACCGCCAAGUUCCAGCUCGAUGCCACGGCUGCGGGGUCGACGAUCAAUAUUAGUAAAGGACGGUGGGAGCAUUGUGUUGAUGCUGCGAGGGAGUAGUGUCCUGAUGGGGGGUUCUCUGCUACGUGUUUGGGGGGUGCGGCGCCUUCGGGGGAUGUGGCUUUUAGUUUGACGGCUCAGAAGUAGAGGGGUGAAGGGGAUGGAUGGUUGGAUGGGUCUAUGGGGUCUUGUUGGAGUGCGGGAUUGGAGUGGAGAGAGUGGUUGAUAUUAUGGUAUCAUUUACACUCUUUUCGCGGGUCUUA